AUCAGUUUUCGCUAAGCUAGACAAACAUCUCUAGCCAGAGCUCUCAAACUCACCAUGGCCAACUCCUCCAACUUCCAAACUGCUCCUUGUGAUGCACUCAUGGAGUACAAUGAACUCAUCUUCCGCGACCUCUACUUGCACCAUCCCAAUAGUGACAAGGAUAAGGAGAAACACACAAUAAUACGUGUCAAUGGUGUUUCCGGUUUUGGCGCAACAGCUGUUAACAACUGGGAAAUAUACGACGGAGACAGGUAUGAUGCCACGGUUGUUGCUCAUGGACAAGGCCUGCAUAUCAGUGCUGGUAACUGGCAUAACACUUUCAGUAUGGUGUUUGAUGCUGACAGGUUCAUGGGAUCGACGCUUCAGGUGAUGGGAAUAUCUAUUGAAGAUGGUGAGUGGGCUAUUGUUGGCGGGACAGGAGAGUUUGCUAUGGCAACCGGUGUUAUAUUCAAAAAACUUUAUAAGAAAAGUGAACACUAUAGCAUUAUAAAGCUUACCAUCCGCGCAUUCUGCCCCUUGCUGAAAGGAUCAUGGAGUCUUCCUGCAAAGAUUGGUCCUUGGGGUGGAGAUGGUGGAACAGCUCAAAACAUGAUUAAAGCAUCAAGGCGCCUAGAAAGCAUCACCAUUUCAAGCGGUGAUGUUGUCGAUUCAAUUGCAUUUUCUUACAUUGAUGAAGCUGAUCAAAACUGCACCACAGAUCGAUUAGGCGGUCCAGGAGGAAGUUCUAGCACGAUCCAGCUCGCCCCUUCAGAGUUUUUGACAGAAGUUUCUGGGACUAUUAGUGAUGGUCGUUGCGAAGUUGUAGAAUCAAUUCAAUUUGUCACCAAUAUCCAGACAUAUGGUCCUUUUGGAACUCAAGAUGGAACGCCUUUCACCUUCUCUGUGCCGAGAUAUAAGAAGGUUGUAGGCUUCUUUGGCCGCGGCGGCUUAUUUCUCGAUGCAAUUGGUAUAUACUUGCAGCCUGUUUAAGCGCCCUAUGUGUUGCUGACUUGCUGCCACAAAUAUGUCCCCGCGGGGACAUAUUUUCUCGUCUCGCCAAUCUUCUGAAACUGUAGUGAAUUGUGUCGUUUCCACGAGCACAUCAGAACUGAAAAUAUCAUCUGAGAUGUUCAUAAGUGAUCCACAUUCUUCUGAUUAAUGGUCUUGUGUAACAAUGCAUAAAUCAUCAAAAUUCUUCUAUUCCGUGGACUAGCUGUGUGGUUUUUGUGUCACUUGUAACACUUCCAUAUUUACAGCGGGAUGAGUUGAAGACCCAAUAUGUUGCUCCCCUGCAUUUUGUAAUCACUCUCCAAAUAUAAGGAGCUAUCAUCGUCCGUGAA